AUGGACCGACUCACGAGUCGGCCCGCGAUCCGCGGCUCGUCGUUUUACACCGGAGGGAAUGGCCACGAGCCUCCCCAAUUUCUUCGGUCCAUCCAAAGAAACCCUCAAAUCUUCUCACCCAUCAAAUCUCCGCCGCCAUUGAUCCUUCACCCUCUCUCCACCGUUCAUCCAGAUCCGUCGCGAACGUCCUCCUUGACUCUCCUCCGGUUUCUCUCCACCGCCCGUCGCGGCCCGGCUCGCCCCAAGAAGGUCGAUAUCGGAGCCCGGGCGCGUCAGAUGCAGACGCGCCGCCUCUGGACGUACGCCCUUGCCUUCAGCUGCGUCGCCGGUUUCGUCGUCAUCGUGCUCAACCAGUUCCAGGAUCAGCUCGUCUUCUACCUCACGCCGACGGACGCGAUGGAGAAGUUCGCGGAGAAUCCGACGAAAAACAAGUUUAGGCUCGGCGGUCUGGUCCUAGAAGGCAGCGUCGCGCAGCCUGCGGCGUCUCAGGAGAUGGAGUUCGUGAUCACCGAUCUGAUAACGGACAUAAUAGUGAGAUACAAGGGUUCGUUGCCGGAUCUGUUCAGGGAAGGUCACUCUGUUGUCGUCGAAGGGUUCAUCAAGCCGUUUACGGAUGAGGUGAGAAAGGAGGUUUCGACGAAACCUGUGUCGGGAAAAGCGAGAGGCCUUGAUUGUUACUUCUCGGCGACGGAGGUUCUGGCUAAGCACGACGAGAAGUAUAUGCCGCCGGAAGUUGCGGCGGCGAUCGAGAAGAACAAGAAGAUGAUUGAAGCUGGACUGGAAAAAGAACAAGCUGCUAAACUGGCUUCUUAGAUUGGUACGAUCCAUUGAUCCAAAAUUUUCCAAUUUUGAGCAUUUGGGUAUUGUUUGUUUCUCUUAGGGGAUGAUUAUACUCGAUCAUUGUCUCGCCGAGAGAUUCGGCUAAUUUAUUCUUGGAUGACUACAGAGGUUUGAUUCUACUGGGAAUUAGGCAAAGAACCAAAUACUAUACAAUAGCCUUGUCUUUUCCCUUAAGGCUUGUUAAGUAUGAGCUUCAUUCUUGUUCUGUCAUCAAAUAAAAACCAUUUACAAGGGGUUAACAUUA